UCAGAGAACUCUUUUUUAUGGCUCUGCUCCCUAUAAAACACACUCAACUUCCUCUUGGCCCCACUGAGAAGCAUAGGCUGUCAAAACAGACAACUUCAUCUAACGGGUUUUUUAAAUUAAUGGACGGUUCUCCAAAAGUACAAGAAGAUGCCUGGAGUGCUGUGGAAGAGUGUCAGCAGAUGGAAGGAGUAUUCCACAGCCACCUGGAUGAAAAGGUGCGGCCUUACAUAGACCUGAUUGACUCCCUCAGAGUGAUCGGCAUUGAGAAAGACCUGGCCUUGCCCGCCAUCGCUGUGAUUGGAGACCAGAGCUCUGGCAAGAGCUCUGUACUGGAGGCCCUGUCUGGGGUGGCACUGCCCAGAGGGACCGGAAUUGUGACCCGCUGUCCUCUUGAGCUAAAGCUGAGGAAGCUGAGAGGAGGAAUCCACUGGAGGGCCUCCAUCUCCUACAGAGACGAGUUCAUCCAGUUUGAUGACCCAUCACUGGUGGAAGGCUAUGUGGCUGAGGCGCAGGACAAGCUGGCUGGAGUAGGGGUGGGAAUCAGUGAUGAGCUGAUCACUUUGGAGAUCAGCUCUCCUGAUGUGUGUGAUCUCACCCUCAUUGAUCUACCUGGAAUUGCCAGGGUUCCUGUUAAAGGUCAACCAGAUGACAUCGGGGAUCAGAUUAAAAGUCUCAUCCUGAAUUUAAUUAAUAAGACUGAAACCAUUAUUUUAGUUGUGGUUCCAUGUAAUGUUGACAUAGCAACAACAGAAGCUUUGAAGAUGGCACAGGAAGUUGAUCCUGAGGGGAAAAGGACUCUGGCAAUCCUGACCAAGCCAGACCUGGUUGAUAAAGGGACAGAGAAGAUUAUUCUUGAUAUUAUUCAAAACCAAGUGAUCCCUCUCAGCAAGGGCUACAUCAUUGUGAAGUGCCGUGGCCAGAAGCAGAUCGAUGCCAGGAUCUCCCUGUCUGAUGCCACCAGAAUGGAGAGAGAUUUCUUUAGGCACCAUGAGUACUUCAGUGGCCUUCUGUAUGAGGAGAAAGCCACCACACAGUGUCUUGCCACAAAACUGACUCAGGACCUUGUUGACCACAUCAAAAAAUCCCUUCCUCUCAUAUCUGAGCAAAUUAAGAAACAGCUGUGGGACACCAAGAAAGAGCUGAGUCUGUGUUUGAGUGGGCCACCUCUGGAACCUCAAGAGAGGAAGAGCUACCUCAUCGAUAUACUAACACAGUUCAACGGCAUAAUAAACCGGUUGUCCACAGGGGAGGUUGUCCAACAUGACAACCUAUUCAUCCAGCUGCGAUCUGAAUUUGAAAAGUGGAAAGAACACCUGGAUGGCAGCAAAGAAACAUUUCACAGAACAGUGCAGGAAGUUGUAAUGGAGUACGAUCUGAAACACAGAAGGCGUGAGCUGGCAGGGUUUAACAACUACAGCGUGUUUGAGAUGGUCGUCCAGAGGCUGGUGGUGGAGCUGAAGAGGCCAGCCAUAAACACGAUGAAGAUCAUCCGUGAUAUGGUCCAGCAGCAGUUUACCGACGUGGCUAAAACCUCCUUCAUGAAUUAUCCUUUUCUUCAGUGUGUUUCAUUGAACAAGAUAGAUAACAUCCAAUCAACACAGGAGUCCCUGGUACAGGAGAGGAUCUUGGAACAAUUUGAAAUGGAGCAGCUAGUGUACACACAGGACGGCAUCUACUACAAAAGCCUGAAUGAAUGCAAGGCUGCAGGCGGGGAGAAGGCUUCUGAUGAUAACUGUGCAGACUGGGAUAGCAGGUCCAACUACCCAGACAUGCUCAAAGCCUACUAUGAGAUUGUUGUCCAGCGGCUGGCUGACCAGGUGCCGAUGCUGAUCCGCUACUUCCUGCUGAAGGAGUCGGGCCGGAUGUUGUGCAGGGAGAUGCUUAACCUGAUGGAUGGAAGUAAUGUAAAUGAGAUCCUGCGCGAGGAGUCGGAAGUCAGCCGCAAGAGGAUCGACAUGCAGAACCGCCUGGAGCGCCUCACGCUGGCCCAGAAAAAGAUCAGCAAUUUCUUCUGAGGCAGAGAAAGAAUGGCACUGGAUUCCCAUGCCUUCAUUUCUAGAAUGUGUGUAAAUCUGGGCAUGUGCUUAUCUCCCGCACUAGCUUCAUGAUUUAUCAAUUUUGUACAUAAUGUGGAAAAAAUAAGACAAUGCAUACUGGCUGAAAAAUGACAAUACAAGUCACAGAUAUUUUAAUUUGCUUAAUCAAAAUGUGAAAAAUAAAAUUGAGUUAAAUUUAGUCGUUCUUAUUGUAAUGGUUUACAAAUGCACGAGUAUGGGCUAAUUUGCUGUUAUACCAAGUAUCAAAGUCCUGGGGCCUGCUGCAAAAACAAUUACCAACUAAACACACAUAGGCUCAGGGUGUGUUUGUGCAAGAAGAGUAACUGACUGUGUUUGAUAAGGAAAUUCUGCUUCUUGCAUAGCCACUAAUAUGAUAAAGAAGUUUAUUUUUUCCCCUGCUAAUUAUCUUCCCCCGUAAGAAGGGUAUAUCGGCGAACUGUGGUACAGUAUAUAAUCUUCUGUGCUCGAUGAACUUGCCUUGUCAAAGGUAUAGUUCCCUGAUGGCCAUUGGAAUAAUUUAUUUGCCAAAGAAUCAUUUUUCAGAUCUGGUCAUUGUUUUUUUGGCAAUUGCCAGAGUUCGUUUCAUGCACAGUAAAAUGUUCAGUAGAGACCAUACAGUAUGUACUCUGUAAGAGUUGUUUGAACAGUGAACAUUUUACUGUGUUAUUAUAUCCCCCCAAGGGGACUGCUGUGGUCAGUUAGUUUCAACAUGGACAAUCAGCAAUCAAGAGGUUUGAUGUCACAGUAUUCAAUUUAAAUAGUCAUGUAUUAUCAAUGGAUAUCCCCCUCAAAUGAAGUUUUAUUGUGAACUGUGAUGAAAAGAAGUAAUUUACACAGUAAAAUAAAACCAUUUUUCACAUGUGA